AUGUUAAUUGAUACAAAAGACAAGAAUUAAAGGGAAUCCAAAUUCCUUUAAGUUUUAUAUGAAAUUUUGGAUGUAAAUCCAAUAUUUAUAAUUGUAGAAUACAAACUAGGAUAUUGUUUAAUGGUCUGACUAAGGCUUUUUUAUUUCCAGUGUAUAAUCAUUUAAAACUAAUUUGUUACCUCAGUAUUUUAAACACAAUAAAUACACAAGUUUCUUAAGACAAUUAAAUAAAUAUGGCUUUUAAAUUAAGGAAAAAUAAAAAGACUCUGUCAAAUUCAUUCACAAAAUUAUUAAUUAAGAUAAACGAGAAUUGAAGAAAUAAUCUUUGAUAUAAAAAUAAGAAAACAAUUUAAAUAUUAGAGAUGAAAUAAUUGAUAUGAGAUAAGAAUUAAUCAAAUUAUAAAAGUAAUAAACAAUACUUAAAUAAUAAAUGGAAGCAUCCAAAAAAUUGAUGGGUCAUUUAAUUAAUAGCAUGACUAGAUUUAUUAAUGUAAUAAAUUAUUUAUAUUAAAUAGGUUACUACAUCAACUAUUGAAUAUUCAAAAGCUUUUUCAUCAUUAAUUCUAUCAAAUCUAAGUAAAGCUGUUAAUAAUGUAUCAGGAGAUCUUUUAUAAGUAUAUUUAAUUUUGAUUCUAACAAAUAGCAUUAAAUAGGAGCUGCUAAACUAGCCUUUCCAGAUUUCUUUUCAUCAAAUUUUAUUACUCCUACAGCAAGCUUAUUCGGAACACCUAUACCUUUUUAUUUCUCUAUGUUAUAAGAAUUAUUGUUUCUAAGGGACAAUAUAAAUAAUAAAUGA